AGUCACAGUGAUGAUCACUUUGCUGCAGCUUCUUACACUGAUGUUUGUUUGCGUUUUGGCUGUCAAAUCAUUGUACUGCAUCAGUCAAGUAAAGCUGGCUAAGCUUGCCUCACCUUUCUAAACUGGUGGAGCAGUUUAUUUGAUCUAUGCUGUGUUUGAGUGUGGAAUUGUAAAUGGAAACUGCAUUCCUCUGCCACAUUGUAUGACAAUUUAGUUUUCACAUGAGGGUUAAUUUUUGUUGUAUCUAAAAUAUUUUUUCUACCUGUUCCCAUAUUGCUCUUAAAAUUGGUUUUAUUUCUGCAUUGACAUAAAAAGGGUGAGAAAUAAAAUACAGAAAUGGAAACUAAACCUGCAAAGUAUCAAAACCCUGGACUAUUGGAGAAGCUGAUGUGACGCUGUGUCCCUGUAAGGUUGUAAAAGAUGGAUUCUGCCUGUUUCUGCCUGAGUUAUAUAAUUGCAGGUUUGCUGUCUAUAUGGUAAUUGGGAGUCAUGGAAAAAACACUGCGUACUGUAGGACUUUUGGAGAAACUUUCUUAAACACCAAGUUCAACAUCAGGGGGCUCAGGAAGGGAAGGGGAGUAACUGCUCUUAUGCACUGGGAGUUGUGUACUUGUCUCAUUUUAAUAUGGCUUUUGUGCUUUAUGUCUAUUGAGUUUGCUCGUACUUCACCAAACUUGUGCUCCCUCUCUGAUCUCAACAGCCCUUCCCCUUGGGACUGUGUCCUGGGACAAAUUGUUUACAGAAACAAGAGCUAUCUCAAAGUCCUUGACAUUCCUGCGAUCCAUCUCAGCUGCCUGUCUGGGCUUAUUGUGAACAUACAUCCUCAAAUCAAUCGCAGACAAGGGUCCUGUCACGUGUGUUUGAGCUGCUCUUGCUCUUGGUGCAGGAAGUGCUGAUUAGCUCUUCCUUCUGGGCAGGCUGCAGAAGCUGCCCGUGCCCAGCAGCUCUUCUUGGCACACUUUUCAUCAAACAUUGGUGGCUGAGAAAAGGCCGGUCUCAGCAAACACUGAUGAAGCAUCUUGAUUUGUUAGUCUGUUUCAUAUAGCGUAAGACUUUCCAGCCCAGAUCGUUUUUUGAAGAGUAUGAAUUCUUUCUGUAAUGACAGUGAAGCCCCACAUUUCUGGGAGAGCUGAGAAAUGUUGCCACCUACACCAUGUGCACCAUUUAUGGCAUUAAGAAUAGACAUAGCUAAGCUUAGCAGCAAGAGUGGGAACUCCUGUCUGUUAGGUACCAAAACAAAAUCCCAGCCCUCAGUUUUGGUAUUAAUUUUCUCUUCAUAUCUUUCAGCCUCCACCGAUGACCAGUUUUAAGUAGUACUACUUUGAUCCUCAUUCUUGUUGCUGCUUGGGAAGUCAGGAUUGCUCAUCUUUGGUGGGAGGAAAUGGAGGUCAGAAAGAACAGAUUUGUCAGGUCUGCCUAGGAAGUGUAGGCCCUAGGGUGCUCCUCUGGACUUCUUUUGUCUCUUGGAGGGUCUGUUUGCAGCAGACUUUAUUUCACCCUCAGGAAUAAUUGCUCCGGUCCCCUGAGGCAGAGAUUCGCAGUGUUCUGCUCCAGUACAGAAUAGUGUUAUUUCUGGUGGAACCAGGCCUACGUAUGUCACCUGAAGUAACUUGCAUAGCAAAAAAAAAAAAAACACUGAUAGAAGAGUUGCCUCAGCUGGUGCUUCUUCUGGAAGACUCAAUCUGUCUUUCCUGUGGAUCAAAAAGAUGUUUAGAUGUAGUGUGCUUCCUUCUUCUUCAACUUUGUACUGUUUUCUUGUAUUAGGCAGCUACAGUAAUUCAGGGUAGAGUCAUCUCUGGGAAUGCUGGGGCGACUCUGGCUUUAGUUCCUUAUAGAUAACUUAAAAGAGACUGUUUAUGAGAUCGUUGAGGCUUAAAACUGCUACGAUGCAAUUUAUUUCCAUAUGUUAAUUGCUAGUCACUUACAUGUGUCAAAAUACUUCUGUGUCAAUCCUAAUAUACUACUUACAGGAUAAAAGCAGCUAGUAAUAAAAUGGUUCGGAGAGAAGUGCACGUACCUCUAACACAAACAGAAAAUUCAAUUCAAAGCUGUCAGUUUUAUUUACCCAAGAACUUAAGUAUGAAUCAACCUGUGAGUGAAAAUGACACAAUAUAACUUCCUGUGCCUCACUGUAUUAUUCUGUGUUCAAUUUUAGUUUCUCUUCUGGGAAUUCACAUAAUCACCUUCUGAGGGUUAUCUGCCAUACUAGCUUUGCAUAGUGAAUUUUUUCUCCUUUCCUGUGUUUGAAAAAACUUUCCUGGUGCUGUAGGCUGUCAGUGUGAUACAACCACAAAUAUUUUUGGUGUUGGUGGUGGGAGCAACAACAGUCAUUUAUAAAGCAGCUUUUGUUGUUCGCUGGAGUCAUUCGCUACUGAGAAAGACCCCAGUGCUGGGGUGUAAGGUAUAUUGCACUAUACUGCCAAGGGAAACACAGAGAGAAACCAUUGAGAAGGUUUUAUAGCGUACAGUGCAGGUGGCCUGUCUCCACAAAGUAGUCAAAUACUUGACUCCGUGUCUCAUGCAAAUUCAAGAUGAAAAGAACAAAGCCAUUUUUUUCCCUCUGGGAUUUGAAGCAAGCGCAUCUGUCUUGAUGUUCUCCCUUGCACCAGCCCACUGCAGAAAUGUGGGGUGUAAGAGAAGUGGGAAAACUGCUUGACUGUGCAAUUGCUGUAGGCUUAGCUUUACUCCUGUGGAUGGAGAGCUUGCAGAUGAUUUCCUGGGGGAAACCGUACAACCCGUUUGUAAACAGGGAGAGACCUGUGUAUGUAUGGAUGUAUGUAUGUACAUAUAUGUUUAAAAGCUCUGCUUUGUCUGUUCUCUGUAAUAGGAGUUACAUCUUAGUGGAAUUAGAAGGAUCCCUUUGUGUUCCUUCACUCUGUUCUUUGCAUAUCUUGUUGACAAUCAUGGUGCUUGGUUUGCUUUGGUAGAAAGAGGUUUCAGUAAGCUGAGGACUAGCACAGUCAUCUCAUCUACAGACAGCAUGAAGUUGUGACCUGUAACUUAGCCUAGCUGCCUUUCAACACGUAAGGCAGAGGUCCUCAAUUGCUCAGUCUCAUGUUGAAGUUAAUUCAGUACUGUUUGGUUUCUUGCUUUUAUUACUGAGACAGAAAACUUAAGAUUACUACAGAAAGAUGUCUUAGUCUUGCUUGAUAAUCUUGCUGCAGUGAUUGGGUUACGUAAUCAGAAGUGGAAAGGGUCUUUGCCUAGCAUAGGAACAGCUUACUUCCCUGUGAGACACCAUUCCAUCACAAUGAGUGAUGUUCCUAUUGUAGCCUAAGUCCCAGAACUCAUUUGCAGUCUCUGCUCAGGAUGUUCAGUUCUCCUCCUUUUGAUCACUAUUUCCUGUAGUUAAAGCUCUUUAGCUAGCAUUUUGUCACUGAGGGGGAGCUAUGAAGUUGUAUGACUUGGGGAAGGAGCAGAGAUAACAACAAGCACCCAUCUGUUCUUCUUUUCCAUCCCUUUGGGAUGUCCGGGUGUCCCCUGGUUAGAAUUCUUCUCCAGAUAAGAUAGUGGAGGUGUCACUGUGGGGCAGUCAGGCAAGAAAACAAUAGUGAAUUGAGUCCAAAACAUGAGAUCGAUCAGUAAGUUGACAGUAAGGAGCAGAGCUGCUCCUUGAAGGUCAAGGCUGGAGCUGUAUCCCACAUCCCUUCAGCUUCUUCCUCUGAUAAACUUCCAGGACAGCUAUCGUAGUUGCUUUUCAGAGGGUUUGGGGUCAGAAGCUCUGCGGAGGGAAGGCAGCGCAGAGACGUUGUGUGUGCAAGGUCUUUCAAGGCUCUGUUACUUGACUGUUAACUGUUCCUUGGUUGAGUGGGAUGUUCCAGUACUUGUUUUUCUGUUUCUGCUUCGUUGUCCAGCUGCAGCCAUUGUCUUCAAUGGCCCUGGACCCCUGCUCUGCCUACAUCAGCCUGAAUGAGCCCUGGAGGAACACCGAUCAUCAGAUAAAUGGCUCCCAUGGCCAGCCCACGUGCGAUAACCAGAUCAAUGGGGAGUGGUACCGCUUCACCGGCAUGGCUGGCGACGCUAUGCCUACCUUCUGCAUCCCUGAGAACCACUGUGGGACGCAUGCUCCCAUCUGGCUGAACGGCAGCCACCCCCGGGAGUCGGAUGGCAUCGUCUCACGUCAGGCCUGUGCCAGCUUCAAUGGGAACUGCUGCCUUUGGAAUACCACAAUUGACGUCAAGGCGUGUCCGGGCGGGUACUAUGUCUAUCAUUUAACAAAGCCCAGCGUCUGUUUCCAUGCAUACUGUGGGCAUUUUUAUGACAUCUGUGACGUGGUGGAUUGCCAGGGCUCCUGCCUGGACACCAAUGACUGCACGUGUUCCCUGGGGACUACACUUGGACCUGAUGGACAGACGUGUCUUGAUGAAAAUGAAUGUGAGCAGGACAAUGGAGGCUGCAGUGAAUUUUGUGUUAACCUGAAGAACUCUUUCCGCUGUGAGUGUGGGAUUGGACGCACCCUGGGAAGCGACGGGAAAACCUGUGAAGAAAUUGAAGGCUGUCACAAUAACAAUGGAGGCUGCAGCCACACGUGUAUUGAAGUGGAAGACACAUACCAGUGUGAAUGCCCGAGGGGACUUGUUCUGUCCGAAGACAACCACACCUGCCAAGUUCCAGUGCUCUGCAAGUCCAGCUCUAUUGAGGUGAGCAUCCCAAAGGAUCUGGUUGGAGGCUUGGACCUUUCCCUCAUCAACACUUCCUGCAAAGGAGUAUCCAAUGGCACUCACGUCAACAUCCAUUUCUCCUUGAAGUCCUGUGGCACUGUUGUAGACGUCAUAAAUGACAAAAUCAUUGCCACCAAUCUGGUAACUGGCUUGCCAAAACAGACUCCAGGCAGCAAUGGGGACAUCAUCGUCCGCACCAGCAAGCUGCUGAUCCCAGUGACCUGUGAGUUCCCACGCCGGUACACAAUCUCUGAAGGUUAUGUGCCCAAUCUCAAGAACUCACCCUUGGAAAUAAUGAGUCGCAACCGGGGCAUCUUCCCCUUCACCCUUGAGAUCUUCAAAGAUAAAGACUUUGAUGAACCCUACAGGGGUGCUCCUCCCACCCUCAAGCUUCGGGACUCUCUGUACUUCGGGAUUGAGCCCUUGGUCCAUGUCAGUGGACUGGAGACACUAGUUGAGAGCUGCUUUGCCACUCCCACCUCCAAAAUCGAUGAGAUCCUAAAGUACUACCUGAUUCAAGAUGGCUGUGUUUCUGAUGAUUCGGUGAAACAGUACACAUCAAAAGACCAUCUUACCAAGCAUUUCCAGGUUCCUGUGUUCAAGUUUGUGGGCAAAGACAACAAGGAAGUGUUCUUGCACUGCCGCAUCCUUGUGUGCGGGGCGCUGGAUGAGAGCUCCCGCUGCGCCCAGGGCUGCCGGCGAAGGGUGCGCAGGUCAGCUGGGACGGAGGAGCAGGACAAGUCUGGGAGCUUGGCAAACCACCUCCUGACAGGCGGCCCCAUCAGAAUUGACUUCGAUGACUGACACCCAACCCCUGGAACAGCAUCUCUGCCUGUGACCAUUCUUAGCGGUGCCUUCUUUCCUGGUUGUUUGAGAAAUGAGAGGUGUUUGGCAAAGUCCCUCCUGAGCCUCAGGCCUUGUUCCCUAGCCAUGUGAUGGCUGGUUGUGAAGUACGCUUGGCACUUGAAGCAGCAAGCUGAGUGCAAGCCAGACAGCAGAGUGGUUUGGUUUUAGCUCCGUUCUGUUGGGUUAAAGGACCCUGCUGCUUUGCAGGCUUGAACCGUUACCCAACUUUGCCUUUGCCUUUCCCUAUGCCCACCCACAGGCUCCACAGGACUGUUCGUCUUGAGCUCAACAUACUAUUCAAGCCCUUCUUUCAUCAGACAAUAAAAACGGUAUUGUAGCUGAACAUGUUGCUAUGCAGUUCUGUGAAUGAUGCUGAAGCUUUCGGGUGUCCUGCGAUUUUAGAUGACCUUUAAUAAAAACACGUAUAAAAAUAUAUAUCCCAAAAUGUGCAACUUCCUUGGCACUACUGAACAGUUGUCGUUACAGGCAGCUGAAACUAGGUCUAUCACAGGCACAUUUGAAGGUUAUUUUAAAAUAGUCAUAGGUAUUUAAUAACAUUUUUUAAUUGUCUUUUGAUAAUUGCAUGCGGUUUAACAGUGUUCCUUGUAUUUAGCAUAUCACUGUUCUUUCUUUCUCUUCUCUCUCCAUCCCCUCCAACAACGUGAUGCCUAUUGUAAGUGCUAUGGCACUGUGGUUUGAAGAAAAAGAUCAUUAAAAGUCUAUACAUGCCCACCCCAA